AGAGGAUUAGACAGGCUUGUGUUCGCACCUUCCCUGCUGCAUUGCUCAGAACUUCACAUCGCGUCUUUAGUUUCAUUCAUCUGAACGCCACAGAACUGACGGAAGACUGUAAAGUUUUAUAGAUUUCAAACUUUCUACGGCACACACAUGGACCCUCAAGAAGACUUGACAGACAGGGACAUCACUCUGAGCGUGCAGCUUCCAGGAGGUCAGGAGACCACAGCCACAGUACACGGCAGUAAGCCAGUGAUGGACGUUCUGGUGAUUUUGUGCGCUCAACACCGCCUCGUUCCAUCAGAUCAUGUCAUCAAACUCGUCUCCACCAAUCAGAACCACAUCAGUUUCAAACCCAACUCUCCGAUUGGCUCUCUUGAGUUUGAGAAAGUCCUCCUGCAAGCUAAAGGGAGUGACGAUGCUAACAGGAAAAAGCCUCAUUUGCCUGUGCCAACAGUUCGUCUUUUGAUAAACUACAAGAAGUCUCAUAAAGCAGUGGUGCGGGUCAAUCCCAGAGUGCCGCUGGCUGAGUUGAUGCCCUCGCUGUGUGAGAAGUGCGAGUUUAAUCCAGAUACCACCCUCUUAAUGAGGACGUACCGGUCAGAGGAGCGCCUGGACCUCACCAAAACACUCAAUGACUAUGGAAUCAGAGAGCUGUACGCCAAAGACAUGAAAGUGGUUUCAACCAAUCACUCCGCUGGUCCCGUGUCAACAGAAGGUGUUCAAACCCCAGUCAAAGAGAAGAACCAGAGAGAGAAGGGAAACAAAGGAUUUUUUGGCUUUUUUAAAAAGAGCAAGAAAACAUCUGAGCAGGUUUUGACUGUCAGUGCUCCAGGUUCUCCUGAACUGAACAGCCAGCAUGCGGUCAGAGAGACGUGUCUCAACGGUCACUCGGCUUUACCUGCGGAUGCUGCAGACAUGCCCAAGAAGAGACCCGCUCCACGUGCUCCUCUGAUGACAUCACAGAGCGUCGGCUGUGAACUUGUUUACAAAGACUUUACUGAACUUUCAGAGCAGGACACAUCUGGAAAACAGGGUCUACUCAGUCGAAUAUUAUCCACCGAGUCCUCUCUUAAAAGAACUAAAAGGAAAGCUCCGCCCCCUCCAUCUGAUGCAGAUAACAAAGAAAAUGAUGAAGAUGACGACAACAGUUCCGACAAAUCUAGAGCUCAUGUAGCCGGCCGUUGCCCUGCGAUCGCUGAAGUUAUGAGUGAACUUGUGGAAUCACUGCAGGCUCGACAUCAGAGAAAGUUGUCUUCUGAAAUUUCUCCAACGGUCCAGCAUCAAGAGUUUCAGGCUCCUCCUGGCUGUCAUCUGUUGAGGAACUCCUGUGAGAGAGAAGGUUUGACCACCUUCACCGUGGUUCCUCAGAGACGCUUUGAGGUGUCACCGACCCAGCAGAUAUCCGACACUGCCGAAACAGAACAGGACCUGAGCCCCGGUGCCCUGGAACACCCAGAGAUCCACACUGAAGAACCUGCAGAAGAAGAGGUCCAAAGUGAACUUUUCAAAAGGGCUUCAGAGACGCCCGAGAACCUUUCAGAGGUUCUUCGGCACUUAGAAAAAGAGAAUCAAACAUGGACGGACGUCGAGAUGGAGAAAAUCAACAAUGGGCGAUCUCUUCACCUGAAAAACAUCAAAGAAGAUCUAGAGUUGUUCCGGACGGGCUUGAAGAAUCUCAAACCAGUUGGGAGUCAAAUGACAAAUAAUCUGAGACAGGCUAGCGAGUCGAUUCAUUCAAAUAUAGAUGAAAGACAAGAACGUGCUCCGCUGGAGACCUGUAAGGAGGAGAACUGGAUGGAGGAAUACAAAGAGAGGAGAAGAAAGUUUAUAGGUGUUGACGGUAAGAGAAUUAAAGAUGCCCGGGGGAAGAUUAAAAGAGAAUUCCGAAACUCACAAAUGGAAGUAGAUGAUGAGAAUUUCCCAUAUCCGCCGCCACCUGUCUGCUGGCAUGAGAAUAACAGUGAUGGAGAAAACGCCAGCGAUGAAGAGAUGGAGACGGCCACAGAUGCCCGAACACGCAACCGGUGGCCGAACCGUGAAAGUCACUUUGACCAAGAUGAAGCUCUCAAUUCAAAUACCGUUUACGAAGGGGACUCGCACCUCUCGAAACCAAAAGCCCACUCCACCCAAACCAAGCCUGAACCGGAACCAGUGGAUCACGGCUCAGUUCCUCUACCUCCUGGACAUCCGUCUAAAUCACGCUCUGAUGCUUGUUCUCUUUUUGCUUUGGCUGUAUUUCAGAAGGCCAAACAUUGCAGACGUGGGAUGGAUCCCAAACACAACAAGAGGUAGAUGAUGUUCAGUCUGAAUGAGGUGUUCAUCACCAGAAGAUCGAAUCUCUUUUGUCACUUUCUUGGUUUUAUCAUUGUGAAUAUUUUGCUUUGAUGAUGAAUUACAUUUUGAAAGCUUUAUCUGUUUUCACCAAACUUGUGUUUCUAUGUGUAUUCUGUGAGAAUUUCUUUCUAAUUUCUGGAAUUCGGUCAAGAUGUUUGAUGUGUUCCAGAAAUGACGUCUGAUAUGAGCGUUGCCAGCAUUUCAACUGAUGGUCAUAGAAACAAUAAUAUGCCAAGUCUGAAUAUGUGAACGCUUUAUCAUGUCUUGUAAAUAUUUUGUGUAUUAAUGAAGGCUUGUAUUUCUGAGGUGUUUUUCCCCAAGAUAUUUUUUUCCUAAUGAU